CCAUUGGUGUCAAACGUCAAAAAGAUCUAGUUAUAAACUUUUCUACAAUUUCACGUCUGCGUUUACAUCUCUUUUCUUGGCCUGUCAUUGGCUGACAAGUAACUUGACAUAUGAUUUCAGAAAUUUUGAUUGAUGCAUUCCGCUAGAGUUAAACGUUUUUAGGGACAAUUCAGUGUCUUGAUACGGUUUUCGUUAAUUUUCAUUCUCAUAAUUAACGGAUUGAAAUAAUUUCAACAAACAUGUACUGUUAUUUUCUGACAAUUUAUUCCCUGGUUUUAUUUGUAAGUGACGUAAAUACUUACAGCAGUGGUGCUCCCGACGCUUUUUGUCAAUAUGACCGUUUGGACGGUAGAAAUGUUAUAUUAAGGCCUGGUCACAAUGCACGGCCAAGAAAUCCUGCUCCUCAUGGUUAUCGAAUUGAGACAGGACAGUUCAACCCACAAUCACUCCGAGUAACCCUUAGAGCAGCACCUAACGAUUAUUUCCGUGGAUUUUUCGUACAAGCAACAAGAAAUGGUUUUCCAUUGGAAGCCAUCAACAGACCUGCUUAUGGAACAUUUAGACCUUUAGAUGACAAUUCACAAGCUAGGAGAUGUCGUGCUGCAGUAGGAGGUGUUGGUGGAAUUACACAUACAAACAACAGAGAUAAAAAUGUGGUUUCCUUCGACUGGUACCCACCAGCAAGCUGCAACUUGGGAAAUGUCCAAUUUGUCGCCACAGUUGUUAAACAAUAUAAUGAAUAUUGGGUUGAUGUAAGAUCACCGAAUGUAACAGGAGUUGGAUUCCAAGGCGAGCGAGGAAUUUUGUGUCAGCUAUACAACGACCCAUUCAACACAGGAAUUCAACAGGAAGUAAUCAGAUUAUUGUCCCAACAACAGCAACAACAGGGACAACAACAAGGACAACAACAACAAGCUGGAUAAAUGAAGACUGAAGAUGUAUAGAGAAUUUGGCAAACAAUUAACGAUAGUGUUUUAAAGACAUACUACAUAGAUUAAAUCGGAUUAGAAUAUUGGUUCUUUUAUUGUAAUGAAGUCUAAAAUUGCAUACAACUGCAUCAGUGCUUUUGGAUUUAAUCUGAAAAAUACCAUUCUAAAUAUGAUAAUCUUCAUACCUGUAAAAAUAGAAAUGUGUGAUCAUAACUGUAAAAUAAGAAUUUGCCAAAAAAUCGAUUCAAAUAAUGUAUAUCUUAUACAAAAAAUGCGAUGUUUGCGGAAUUUUUCUAUUGUUUUUGUUUUUAACAUUAUGAAAUGACUAGUAAUUUUAUGUUAUUGAAGUUUCUAAAAUAUACCACAUACAUGUAUGCUUCGUAAAUGCUUUUUCAAAACAUCUGCGAUAGAUUUUUAUGUUAACCAUUUUGUUAUUAAACUCUGAUCACGAGGUCGAAAUAACAUUCUGUUUUUUCUGGUGAUCACGUUGUCAAAAUUAGAUCACUGUUUCUUCGAUGAAAGCGUGAUAUAAGACGGAUUCAUACGAUUCAAUGAUAAAAUUUAUCACAAUAACGCUGGCAGUUUUUAUAUUUAUGAAGCAUAUUAUUUACAAAUGAUGCAGACUUUUGAUAGGAAGGGUAUUAUAUUGUUUAAGUUUUAAAAGUACAAGUAUUAUACUUAUUUGUGUUUCAUUAAACACAAUUUUAGGUUGAAAAAAAUGUUUUAUACGUAUAAAAUAAAACUUUAAACUUUAAAA